AUGGCUCGCAAGUAUCUUGGCGGCUCAGGUGAAGCGUUGACGAUAUGGAUUUCUCUCGCUGCAUCUACGGUCCUUGUGUUCUACGGCUAUGACCAGGGUGUCUUCGGUAAUGUCCUCGUCGGCGAAGACUUCUUGAGGACUAUGAAUUUCCCAAGCACUUCCGUUCAAGGAACACUCACAUCCGUCUAUAACCUUGGCUGCUUCUUUGGAGCUCUUUCAACUAUCAUUACUGGCGAUAUUCUUGGACGGCCUCGAGUAAUUUUACUCGGUAGUUCCAUCAUCGCCAUUGGAGCUAUCAUCCAAGCUUCGAGUUAUAGCGUAGCUCAGAUGAUGGUUGGUCGAGUUGUAGCUGGUCUUGGGACUGGCAUGAAUACAGCAACAGCGGGAGUCUGGCAAGCAGAGACGAGCAAGAUGAGAAGUCGGGGAAAGUUGGUUAUUAUUCAGAUGGCGAACUGCAUCACAGGAUUUUCGAUCUCAAAUUGGUUGACUCUUGGUUUCUCUUUUGCUAAGGGCAGUGUUGCAUGGAGAUUUCCAUUAGCUUUUCAGAUUUUUUUCACAGGCCUCAUCUGGGUCUUGUGCCCCUUCCUCCCAGACUCGCCCCGUCUCUUGAUCCGAAAAGGCAAAUACGAAGAAGCAUACGAAGUCCUCGCAGCACUCGAAGGUCACGGAGCAACCACAUCAUCACCAGAAGUCAAAACACAAUUCAACAUCAUCAAAGAUGUCCUCGAUCGCGAGCACUUGAAUAGCUACACUUGGUUUCAACUCCUCUCUGGAAAAGGUCCGUCUGGAGUUCUUAGACGGAUGAUUCUUGGCGCUUGGAUGCAGGCCAUGAACCAGAUUUCUGGGAUCAAUGUUACGAGUUAUUACAUGACUUAUGUGUUUAUUCAUGCACUGAAUAUCGAUACGCUCCGAGCACGCAUUCUAGCAGCAGCUGGCUCAGUCGACUAUCUCCUCUUCUCCGUCCUCGCCUACUUCGUAAUCGAACGCUACGGUCGAAGAAAAGUCAUGAUGACUUCCGCGGCAGCAUGUUGCACCUGCUGGGUCAUAAUCACAAUAGUUCUUGCACUCACAGAAUCCGAUCCCAGCAAUUCAUACAACUACGGUGCCGUUGCCGUGACAUUUUUCUUCGUUUUCUUUGCAAGUUUCGGGAUGGGUGUCCUCGGUGUACCAUGGCUCUAUCCCACCGAGAUCAAUGCUUUAGAGAUGCGAACAAAGGGCGCUAGUCUUGCUAUGGCGACCAAUUGGAUUAUGAAUUACAUGGUAGCUGAAGUUACUCCCUCGGGAAUCGCUAAUCUGUCUUGGCGCUUCUGGAUUAUCUGGGCGGUGAUCUGCUUCUCGUUCAUCCCAAUAACCUAUUUCUUCUACCCCGAGACAGCGAACCGUUCUCUGGAGGACAUCGAUCGGUUCUUUGAAACCAAACCAGGGAUCUUUAUUCAUAGGAAUAAGAUUGCCACGCAGCUGCAUAGACCAGCUGUCUACGAAGAGGAAGAUGCGAGGAUUGGAACACUGGGUGAGAAAGGGGAUGGAAAUGAUGUUGUUGAGGAGAGAGUGGAGAAUAGCGAUGAGAAGAUGGCUUGAAGGAUGGGUGUGGGGUGCAGAUCCAAAGGAGGCUCGGUGGGUAAGCGAGUCGGUGUUGAUAAUCGGCUACUUUUCGAAGUGCGCUUCGGUCACCUUUCCGAGACGAGAUGAACUAAAGAGAUGCUAGACUCAUAGAAAUUGAAUCCUG